UGCGGACUGCUGUUUGGUCAUGAGUCUCAGACCAUGAAUUACGUGGGCCAGCUGGCCGGGCAGGUGCUCGUCACCGUGAAGGAGCUGUACAAGGGCAUCAACCAGGCCACCCUGUCGGGCUGCAUCGAUGUGGUGGUGGUGCGGCAGCAGGAUGGCACCUACCAGUGCUCGCCCUUCCACGUGCGCUUUGGAAAGCUGGGCGUCCUGCGCUCCAAGGAGAAAGUGAUUGACAUAGAAAUCAAUGGCAGCGCGGUGGAUCUUCACAUGAAAUUGGGUGACAAUGGAGAAGCCUUCUUCGUGGAGGAGACGGAAGAGGAAUAUGAAAAGCUGCCUGCUUACCUGGCCACCUCCCCAAUUCCCACGGAAGACCAGUUCUUUAAGGAUAUUGAUGCCCCUGUGGGGAAAUCAGGAGGAGACGCAAGACCGCCCCAGAGUCCAGGCGUCUCGCACGUCCUGGAAAUGGAGACAGUGUUUGCUCCAAGUGCUGUGAAAAAGAAAAAGCGGAGGAGGAAGAAGUGCAAGCAGGAGGUCAAGAAGGAGGAGCCGGCGGCCUCGCCUACUGCAGAGGGUGCGCGCGAUGUGCCUGUGAGCUCCGACGACGAGCAGGCGGCCCAGGCGGCCAGAGGACCUUCAAGUGCUUCCUUGAAGGAAGAAGAAUAUAAGGAACCUUUGCUCUUCCGUUCUGGGGAUCACUACCCCUUAUCUGAUGGAGAUUGGUCCCCGCUAGAGAAUGCCUACCCCCAGGCAGUGUGUCCUAAGAGCGAUUCAGAGCUGGAAGUGAAGCCCUCCGAGAGCCUGCUGCGGUCAGAGUCGCACAUGGAGUGGACGUGGGGCGGCUUUCCGGAGUCCACCAAGGUCAGCAAAAGAGAAAGGGCCGACCAUCACCCUCGGAUGGCCACCAUCACCCCGUCUGAAAACACUCACUUCCGGGUCAUCCCGAGCGAGGACAGCCUGCUGCGCGGCGAGGCCGAGGAGGGCCCAGUGCUGGCCAUCGUGAGGCCCACGCCCAGGGCCCCGUGUGCACUGAGGAACGAGGAGACCGCAGGCCCGGAGCCCCCAGCCGAGCCCCCCGAGCCCCGGCCCUCGGCGGCCAAGGCGGACUCGCCGUCCCGGAGGAGAGGUGUCCACAAGAGAAGCCAGCACCAGGGGCCCGAUGACAUCUACCUGGAUGACUUGAAGGGGCUGGAGCCCGAGGUGGCUGCCCUCUACUUCCCCAAGAGUGAUGCAGACCCCGGCUCUAGGCAGUGGCCCGAGUCCGACACGCUGUCCGGCUCCCAGUCCCCGCAGUCGGUGGGCAGCGCGGCCGCGGACAGCGGUACCGAGUGCCUCUCGGACUCUGCCAUGGACCUGCCCGACGUCACCCUGUCCCUCUGCGGAGGCCUCAGCGACAACGGGGAGAUUUCCAAAGAUAUCAUUACCUAUCAAGAGUUUGCGGAAAACCCUGGACUUAUAGACAACCCUAACCUCGUCAUACGGAUUUAUAACCGUUACUAUAACUGGGCAUUGGCUGCUCCCAUGAUCCUCAGCCUACAGGUUUUCCAGAAGAGUCUGCCAAAGGCCACCGUGGAGUCCUGGGUCAAGGACAAGAUGCCAAAGAAGUCUGGGCGCUGGUGGUUUUGGCGGAAGCGGGAAAGCAUGACCAAGCAGGCAAAACUGCAGCUGCACGAUGGCCCCAAUGACAUCGUGUUCAGUAUCACAACCCAGUACCAAGGCACAUGCCGCUGCGCGGGGACCAUUUACCUGUGGGACUGGAACGACAAGAUCGUCAUUUCUGACAUCGAUGGGACCAUCACCAAGUCUGACGCUUUGGGCCAGAUUCUCCCGCAGCUGGGUAAAGACUGGACGCACCAGGGCAUCGCAAAGCUGUACCACUCCAUCAACGAGAACGGCUACAAGUUCCUGUACUGCUCGGCCCGCGCCAUCGGCAUGGCCGACAUGACCCGCGGCUACCUGCACUGGGUCAACGACAAGGGCACCAUCCUGCCACGGGGCCCCCUCAUGCUGUCGCCCAGCAGCCUGUUCUCCGCCUUCCACAGGGAAGUGAUAGAAAAGAAACCAGAGAAGUUCAAAAUCGAGUGUCUGAAUGACAUCAAGAACCUGUUUGCCCCGGCCAAGCAGCCCUUCUAUGCUGCCUUUGGAAACCGGCCCAACGACGUCUACGCUUAUACACAGGUCGGAGUCCCCGACUGCAGGAUCUUCACCGUGAACCCCAAGGGGGAGCUGAUCCAGGAGAGGACCAAGGGGAACAAAUCAUCGUACCACAGGCUCAGCGAGCUGGUGGAGCAUGUGUUCCCGCUGCUCAGCAAGGAGCAGAACUCCGCCUUCCCGUGCCCCGAGUUCAGCUCCUUCUGCUACUGGAGGGACCCCAUCCCCGCUGCGGACCUGGACGCCCUGGCCUGAGUCCCGGCUGCGCGGUGCCUGGGGACGCUGGCCUGGCCCCUGCCCUGCUCCCUCCCAGGCCACUCUUUGCCCAGAGGAGGCAGGAGGCUUCGCCGACCCUGUGCUGCGGAACUGAGCUUGCCGGGAGCCUCGGCACACCAGGUGUGUGGGCGCCUGCGUCCCCACGGCCCCUCGGAAGUGGCUGCGGUGCAGCAGGCUGGCACCAUCUUUGGCACUGUCCCUGAGCUCCACGGGCCCUGCGCUGGCAGGGCAGCUCCUCCCCGCCUGGGCCUGGGCCCGGGCCCGCAGCCUCUGGCUUCUCCUUGCUGCCCCGCGGUGAGGGCCUCCCCAACUGCUGGGACAGACCUCUGCGCCAGCGUCUGCGGAGACUGAGGGGCUGGUCAGCCCUGGAGAGGCAGCUGCUGGGUCCCGGGCCGGGAGGAGCGGCCUCUGUCCUUCCCCUCCGCUGGGUCCUGGCUCAGGGGCCCUCGGGUGUGGCUUGGGGACAGGAUUUCUGAUCUGUGCCUCGGGCUUGUCAGGAAGCAAGGUGGCCCCGGUCCUGCACUCGGGGUCACCUGGAGCCUGUGAGGGACACAGGGACAUAGGGCCCUGCGUGUCACUGCAGUUCACGUGGCCUGGCUGCGACAGCUCGUGUCGGGUGUGCAGCUCGGUGGGGAGGUGAUGGCUAGAGGGGCGCUCGGGACCCCGACAGCCCGGGGCUGGUCCUGCCCUGGAGGCCACAGGAAAGUGAGGUCCCUGUGGGGGAGGCCGGUGGCCCUUCAGGUCGGGAGCUGCGUCCCUCCAAAGCCCCGCUCCGGGGGCGGGUCCCGGGCCUCAGGGAGCAGUUCCCUUGGCACAAGUGCCCGUGCCCUCUUGGCCACCCACCACGGGUGGGAGUGGCGCACCUGGGCUCGGGAAGGACAGCAGAGGCCCGAGCUCAAGCUGUCCCCUGCCUCCGCGGUGCCUGUGUGGAGUUUGCCUGGGUGCUUGCCCCCCCUCCUCCGCAAGCGCUUCUCCCUCCGGUCCUGCCUGGGUCUGGACGUGUCCUGUCCCCAUGUCCGCCCCUGCUGUUGCGCACGUGGGGCUUCCUCGCCAGCGCCAGUUGCUCCAGUGCUGCGGUGCGGUGGGGGACUGUGUCUGUGCUGGAGACCAUUGCCAUUUGGUACAAAUGACGUUUGUUCUUUCUGUGAAAGAGAGAUGCCCUCCCCUCCCGUGUAUUUGCACACAACCCUCAGACGGCGAGCCGGGAGUCACCUCCGCUGUCUUCCAGGCACAGUGCCGUCCUGGAGGUGGGCGGAAGUCACUGCCGGAGGGGCGGCGGGGAUGUCCCAUGGAGCUGGCCCCAUCCCACGGCUUCCAGGGGAAGGAACAGCUCGGGCAGAGGUCCUGACAGGGAGGACAGCACUGGGUGGGCGGGCCCGGUGCAGGUCUGGGGCUGCCUGGAAUGGUUAGCGUGGCCCCACCGUGUGCCUGCGCCUUCCCCGAGGAGCUCGCCCUGCUCUCCAGGUGAGAGCACGCAGGGCCUCAGCUAACUGGUUUAAAAUUGGUUAAAUAAGUUCUUUCCAGGCAAAACUGACUUUUGGUUUGGUUUGAAGGCAAAGAGGGGAAACUACUCUUUCCAGUUAGUAAUUGCAUUCAGCUGAUGAAGUAUUAUUAGGCAGCAGCGUCACUCAUAGUUGUCCGAGUUCAUUGUGAACAUCAGUACCGUUUUCUUAGCUGUGGUAAAGACUUCCUCAGAUGAAUGGCUCAUGUUCUGGUGCAGUGUUUGAUGUUCGAAACAAAAUGUUACAACAAUAAACAAGCAUAAAAGCGA